CCAUGGUCCUGCUAUAUAGAGAGAGGAUUGCAUGACAGUUUCCAUCUGUCUCUUCUCAGUAGAAGACAUUGUUGGACCAGUAUCUCCCUCAAGAGCCGGAUAUUUCCUUUAAUGGAGCCCAAACUGCGUCUUCUGUUCUUGGUUCUUCUUUUCUUUCACCACCAGGGACCUUCUACGAGCACUCCCCUUCUUAGAUAUGGUUGCAGACCUGGCACAGUGAAAGAAUGCAAGGAUGCAAAAUUUGUUCCAGGCCAUACUCUUCUAGGAGAAGGCAUUGAUAUUGUCACCAUGAAGUCAACUGGCUCUUUUCUUCUCGAUCUGCAAGAGGUUGGAGAGAAAUGUGCAGUUUGUACAAACCCUCACAACAAUAAUGAACUGCAGAAACUGCCCAAGGCGCUGGUGGACUGGAGACCCGAGACUUCAUGUUCCAAAAAUGUACAAAGCUCAGUCUCUCAGUCUACGGUGUCAGUGGCCAACGAAGCGACUUCUACAGUGCAGAACGACUGGAAAGUUGGUCUCGAAGUGAACGUCCACGUGGUGACCUCGAGUGUAGCUGUGGGGGGUUCUCACAGUCAGACGGCCACAUUUGCAGAUAGUAAAAGCAUCACGGACAAUUACAACUUUUUGAGCCACAAGUUAGAAUGUUCUUUUUACAGUUUUCGCCUGGGAUCCAAUGUCUCAUUAACGCCUCAUUUCAUAAAAGCUUUGGAAGAUCUUCCAAUUUCCUAUGAUAUGAACACCAAGGUUGAAUACCGACGUGUGAUAGACAAUUUUGGCACACACUAUAUCACACGUGUAAAAGUCGGAGGUCGAACCCAAGAGGUCACUGCAGUGAGAACAUGUGAAGUGUCUAUGAGUGGUUUGAGAAUUGAUGAGGUCAAGGAUUGCCUUUCUGUUGAAGCUGAGGUUGGGAUAUCCAAAAUGGGCAAUUCUGCAACUGUCAAUUCCAAAACUGAACAGUGCAAAAGCAAAUUGAAAAAAGCGAACUUUGGAGGUGAUUUUCAUCAAACAUUCAGUGACCGUACGUUUCAGGUGACAGGUGGAAAUGCAACAUUCGAUAUUCUCUCACCUGCUACGACCUCUGAUGAUGUCUUUAAGAAGUGGAUGGAAAGCUUGAAAACUCAGCCCGGUCUGGUUUCCUAUUCCUUAGAUUCCAUCCAUAACUUGGUGAAAGCUAGGGGUGCUAAGAAGGAGAACCUCAGGCUGGCUAUAAGUGAUUACAUUAAAGAAAGGGCUUUAAUACAGAAGUGCUCAUGUCCCGGCCGCCAAGGGAAAGACUGCUCCUGCUCAUGUCCAGCUUCUAAGUACACAGGCGCUAACUGCUGCCCAACAAGUCAAGGAGCCGCCAAGGUUGUUGUAAACAUCAAAACUGCUAGUGGUCUGAGCGGUGACUACUGGACACAGACAGACGCCUAUGUGAAAUUUACAUUUGAUGGUGCUAAUAUUAGAACCCGAACCAUCCUGAAUAACGAUAAUCCCAAAUGGAAUAAGAAAUAUGAGUUGGGAAUAGUAUCACUGAGCUACGGUAAAAAGUACACAAUACAGGUUUGGGAUGAGGACAAUGAUUAUGAUGACCUGUUGGGGAAAUGUGAAAAAGUUCUGACAUCAGAUAACAAUUCUGGCGACUGUUACCUAGACAACGGUCAUAUUACAUAUUCUGUAGAGGUAACUUGUGUCAAUCACCUAAAAGGGUUGUACUGCCAGGAUUAUACCCCACUGCCCCCAUGAGUUAAAGCAAGUUUCCAAUAAUCCCUUAUUAUAAAUGCUUCUCUCCUCCGAUAUUCCUCUUAUUAUAAAUGCUUCUUUCCUCGCAUUUUGCCAUUAUUAUAAAUGCUUCUCUCCUCUGAUAUUCCCCUUAUUAUAAAUGCUUCUCCCUC